AUGGUCUCUGCACCCAAAAAUCACGACGAUGGCUAUCAAUUUCCUUUUCUCAACCUCCCAUCAGAGGUACGGCAUUGCGUCUACCGCUUCGUCAUGCCUUACACCAUCCGUCCUCGCCAAUUUCCAUUAGAGAUGAUCUUCGAAGCUAAAGACGUGCAAAAGCCCCCAAUCGCCCUCUUCCUCAUCAACAAACAGGUCCAUGAAGAGAUUUCCUACGUCCUUUAUCGAUACAGUCAUUUUCUCAUCUCGAUCAACCCCGGCAGAGUUACUUGCGUGGCCCUCGAGUCCUCAAUCAUCUGGGAACUAGAUCAGACGGAACGUAUGUCUGUGAGAAUGGCAAGCAGCAUCAGACAUGUCGAUAUUGACCUUGUAUGGGGGGAACGGCGGAGAAUUACCUCUGCUAUGGCGAUGAGUAUGCGCUUGGUCCCGCUUCUGGAGUACGUUUGUGAGCACCUGAGGGCUUUCCAAUGUCUGCAGACUCUCACGGUUAGAUGGAACAAGGGCGGAAUAUUGAAGUCUAGGCCCAGGGUUGAUCAGGCAACCUUCAUAUUGGAACCUCUAGAACAGCUGCAGGCGGACUUACCCGGUGUGCAGAUCACUGUUGAAGCUACACAGCAACCGAGCAAUAGUGAAACUGGAGACAACCCUAAUGACUUGGAAGCCUAUGUCAAAUUGCAGGACUACUUGUCAGAGCUCAGGAGAAAUGGGAAGCAUCCCAAUAUGAUGACAGAGAGUUAG